UUGGAAGUCAAUCGAUUGGAAUCUGGAGGAGAAAAAAAGAGUAACUCCGAGGAGAAGGCGGGAAAUUCGGACAUAAUCAUUCGCUGCUUCCAACUUAACCUUUUUUUUGCUCGACCUUUUUUGCUCUCCGCCUUUGGGACCUUAACGGUAAUUUUAAUUUAAUAACAAUUCCAAAACUCCGACAAGAACAUCCGCCCUCCCCUUUCCACAAGAAGAAGACGUUCAUCUCUCGAUACACCCCUCUCAACGAUGUCAUCUUCUCGUGAAGGGCUCAAUCCUCUGCGCCCUUAUUACUUCCCCCCCUCCAUGGGCCUGGAGGCCGCCAACGCCACUUCAUCCCCUCCAGAUGCGUCAUCGGCCCAUGUUUUUGGAAGCUCUGCCCGCGACUUGCUGUCCGACUUGGACUACUCAGACUAUUUGGAAAACUCCCCCUCGGUAUCAAGCUGGAUUAAAGAUGCCUUGGACCGUGCACUUUGGAAAUAUACCAGUCUGUUGACCGCACAACCGUUUGACGUCGCGAAAACCAUUUUACAGGCCUAUGUCGUGCCGGGCAGCCAGGAUGGACAAUGGCUUAUGGAUGGCCAUCGGAGGCAAAGUUCGGGUGCUCAGGGCGAUCUCUAUGAUGAGGAGGAUGAGGAUGAGGAAGAAGAAGAGGGAGUUGAUGCGCUAUCCUCAGAUGAUGAGAGCAGUUACUUCACGUCGACAACCCCCGCCGCCUCAUCACCCUCAAACUCACGAUCUCGAAAAUCUCGACGCCAUAUCACUGAUCGAAUGGGUUACAUUCAGCCCUCAACCCCAUCGUCCCGGAACGCUUUGAAAAUCAAAAACCCAAGCUCCCUGAUGGAUGUACUGUCUCAGUUGUGGACUACCAGCGGACCAACAUCCCCAUGGAAAGCAACCAAUGCCACCUUCAUCUACUCCCUACUCCUCCCGACCUUGAACACAUUCAUUCGCAGUCUUCUGUCAGCCAUUGUGGGACUACCAGAGGACGAUAUUUCGUCCUCUAUGACAGCAGACAUUCUGACGUCGACCUCUCCAAUCGCUACCUUGGUCCUGUCAUUCAUCUCUACGUCCUUGUCUGCAUUGAUCCUCUCCCCGAUUGAUACGGCACGCACACUCCUCAUUCUCACGCCCGUCACUCAUGGACCCCGCUCCCUUAUACGUGCCAUCCGACAAAUCCCGACUCCCAACUGCACGGUACCCCCUCAUCUAGUCCCAAUCACGAUCCUCCAUUCGAGUUUGCCGAACUUCAUAAUGACCACCACCCCGCUCUUCCUGAAAUCGUACCUCUCCCUUGACCCCGUCCUCAACCCGUCCAUGUGGAACUUGUUUACUUUCAUGGGGUCCGGCUUGGAACUGGCAGUCCGGUUCCCUCUGGAAACUGUGCUGCGUCGCGCGCAGAUCGCUACUUUCACGUCCCCAAGCCUCCGCCAACAACCUACUAGUAGGCUACCUUCUGCAAAGCCCUCAGAGGCUGUUUCUGCAGCCCCAGAGAUCGAGACCAUCGUUCCGACACCCCGUACAUAUAGGGGUAUUGUCGGAACGAUGUGGGGUAUUGUCUACGAGGAGGGUGUUCAGCCGAAUCCAGAGGCUGAGAGGGCGCAGGCCUUAUUCGACAAGCCCCUUGCGCUGAGGAAACGGCAAGGCCAGGGAAUCCAUGGCCUCUAUCGCGGCUGGCGAAUUGGUAUGUGGGGGAUUGCCGGUAUCUGGGGCGCCAGCUUUCUUGGAAGCCCCGGUGCUGUCGGGGAGGAUGGAGCGAUGCCCAGUGGAGGCCGCUUUUGAUCAAACCGCAUGGCAUUGAAGAUUCGUGUAUCUGACACCCCCACAGUUGUCUCAAGUUAGCCCACCUGUUUAUCUUGUUACCAUACCCACUCCCCUUCGCUUUUCAUCCUUGUCCUGCUCCUAAUCAAGUCCUCGCUCCCUCUACACCCUAUAUUUUUUUUGUCCACCUAGCUGGCGCAAGGGGGGUGAAGGCGUUGGACCUGUUUGUGUUUAUUUUGUAGAUAUCAACGGCGGCGAUAUCCUUCCUGACAGUUCUUCGAAUCUCCUUUCCCUUUUGUUCCGGUUGUUUACAUGGGGAAUAUGUACAUCACUCAUCCCACUUUAGCGUCAUGAUACAUCAGCCAUCUCAUCUCCCUAUACAGAGCCAUUCAUUUCAGAUAGCAGUGGCAAUGAAUCCGUUCCAUCUGUUUCAAA